GGCGCCGCUGGGCCUGUGGCUCGGCGCUGCCUCCCCGACAGGGCCUGAGCCUGGCGGCGGCCUGCACCGCCAAGGCCGGGCCGUAGCUCGGCGGCGGUGCCCGCCCGCGUACCCGGAGGAGAGGGACGGGGGACCCCCGAGAACUCCUCAGCUGUCAGAGUUAAAGAAAACAGGAGGAUAUAUCGCUACUUUUUUUUAUCUACCUGGCUUUCAUGGUGUAAUUUACUCAUCUUUCUCCUGCGCUUGAAGAGAAUUACAGGGUGAAGGCUUUCCCUAGAGUCUCCGAGGUAUAAAUGAGUAAGAGCUGCGAUCAAAUCAUCCAACACAUCUGUUUCAGGGGGGAGUUUUAAUGUUUUGAUGUCAGAAUGAAGAGCAGGAUACCUCUCAUUCUUCUAGCUUGUGGCUCCUUUAACCCCAUCACAAACAUGCAUAUGCGUUUAUUUGAGCUGGCUAGAGACCACCUGCACCAAACAGGAAGGUAUCAGGUAAUUGAAGGCAUAAUGUCUCCGGUUAAUGAUGACUAUGGAAAGAAAGGCUUGGUUUCAGCAAGGCACCGGAUAGCAAUGGCUAAACUAGCACUGGAGACAUCUGACUGGAUUCGAGUUGAUCCAUGGGAGAGUGAGCAGAAGACAUGGACAGAAACAGUAAAAGUAUUAAGGCACCAUUACAAUGAGUCACUCAGAUUGCUCCAGUCCAGGAAGGAAUUCAUGAAAAACAAACAGCCCAUAGAAAGAUCUACAGAGGAUUCCUUUUCUUACCAGCACCCAGUUCUACCAGAAUUAAAGCUGCUUUGUGGGGCUGAUUUUCUACAGACAUUCAAGACACCUAAUCUCUGGAAGGAAGAACACAUCAAAGAAAUAGUGGAAAAGUUUGGUUUGGUGUGUAUUAGCCGUGCCGGCUCUGAUCCUGCUACAUAUAUCAAUGAAUCGGACCUUUUAACUAAAUUUCAGCACAAUAUCUUUCUGGUGAAAGAAUGGGUUCAGAAUGAAAUCAGUGCAACACAGAUACGCUCUGCCUUGCGCAGAGGAUUAAGUGUAAAAUACCUCGUACCAGACUCUGUUAUAUCCUACAUCGUGCGCCAUAAUAUCUACACAGAAGAGAGUGAGCGGAAGAAUGAAGGUGACUUGCUUCAGCCUCUAAAAUUGCAUAAAACAGUAAACCCACUAAAUGACUGAUGUCUGUAAUUUGGGAAGUGGACAGACCUGAUACUUUUUCAUGUAAAGUUCUUGAGAAAGUUGUUUCUUGUUAAUGAGGGGAAAGUACCUCAGUCCAAAAUUUCUUGAAUUCAUGUGGUGUUUUAAAUUCAUGGAUUUGUAUGUGGUAGCGCUUAAGCAAAUCGGGAUGCUCAGCUGCAUAGCUUAAAAUAUUUAAAGAACUGCUUCCUUAAGAAAAUUAAAGAAAUAAGAUCUUAACAAUAAAUAUUAAUAUCCAGUAGUACUUAAGGGUCAAACAUAGUACUUUCCUGAAUUGUGAUUCUGUAAUCCUACGGUUUGAGCAUGAAGAUGCCUUACUGUUCUGAAGCAGCAAAAUAAAAUGUACUAUUACUUUUCUCUCUAUAUAUAUAUUUUUAAAUAUGUGUUACUGCUAAACUUUGAAUUUUUAGGACCCUGAAUAACUUUUUGUAUUUUUGCAGUUUGGACAAAAGAUGGAAAUCUUUCUUUUAUGCAAGCACUUAAAAAUGCAUGCACCAUUCAAGUCACUUCUAAGCCUCCAGAUUCACAUAUGACAGACAGUCCUCAUCCCCAGAUUUAAAGUGGGUGUAAAGUAGCUCUCUGCUUCUCUGAACCAGAGUCUUCUAUAUGAGUAAGUAAUUGCCAAAGCCCUGGAGAAGAUAACAUAUCCAAGAGAAGCUUCAGCUGUACCAUUUGAAAAUACAUGAUGGAAAAUAAAUGAAAAUAGCUAAGAGGCUAUCACAGUAUUUGAUCCCUGAUGUUAGCCAGAAAAAUCCAUUCUCCUGUAUGUUGCCUAUUGUGCUGAUUCAGUCUAUCUCAUUUUAGACAGAAAACAUCUUCGAAGAAGAUAGUAUCUCUAGAAACUGCUACUUCUGUGUUUCAUGUUGCUUAAAUUAACUGAAAGCAUGCAUUUAUCAAUAUACAGAAUUAACCAUGGCUUCUUAAUGCAAGUUUCCACCUGACUGGCCCAUUUUGAGCCCUGUUGGCUAAACAGCUUCCACUGGUAGUUCUCUAGAAUUAAGGAAUUUGUAGAACAAGUUAAGGUAAUGCCAGACACAACUUGCUUUCACUGAGAGUCUGUGUGAUUCUUUUUCUGAAAAGAAGGCGGCAUGAAGUAGCUGGAACAUAUUCAAGGAAGAAGGAUUUGCCUCAAAAAAAAAAAAAAAAAAAAAAAAAAAAAAAAAAA